AUGUUCAUCUUACGUGUACCUUACUCCGGCUGUGCUCUCUCGCGCAGCCUCCUUGCAGCUCCUGUCACCGUCACACGAGAGGUCUUUCCUCGUCCAGAUCCCUGCGCCGGCACGUCCGAGCCUCCCGCCGGUUCCGCUGUCAGCUCUCCCGUGGGCUCUCCUGUGGGCUCUCCCUUUGGUUCUCCCGUCGGUUCUGCCAUGGGUUCCGCUUUAGGUUGCGUGGAAACCACCUACGCCUCAGUCCCCUCACACGUGCGCGCGACGUGCGCCCUAUGCGCGCGUCCCGCCGCGGUGCGCUGCCACGCCGACCGCGCGGACCUCUGCGUCGACUGCGACGCGGCCGUGCAUUCCGCCAACUGCAUCUUCCGCCGCCACGCGCGCUUCGUCCUCUGCGCGCGCUGCGCCGCGCCGACCAACUGCCACUGGCCGCCCCCGGCGGCUGGCGCGAACCACACUCUUCCGCCCCGUGCAGUGUGCGGAGCAUGUCUUCCGCUUCCCCCUGACGAGACGCUCCCCAAGCGCCAGAAGUUCGACGAGUCCGCCGCAUUGCUACCCCCGGGACUUGCGGGCUCAAGCGGACUCAAUAGUCUCCUUUUCCACCCAUACUCGGUACAGCAACAGCAGCAGAAGCAGAAGCAGGAGAAGCAGUCGACGCUGCUUACCGUUCCAUCUUGUUUCACUGGCGGUCCGCGAAGCCUGACAGCGGUAACCAGAAGCCAGAUUGAAGCGGCUUUUCCGCUGAUGAAUGCGCUUUCGCGGUCCAACGACGACCUCUCCGCGGCGGACCAAGUUCCGCUCCCAAACUCCGCCUCCUGCAGCUCCCUCACUGGAGCUGCUCCCCCGCGUCCGCCAACUCCGCCGACACUCCAACUCUUCCCCGAAACCGCGGAGAGCGCACCCGCACAAUGCAGGGGGGAAAGAUCGUCUUCGAAUACCUGCGGUGGCUUCUCGAGUCAGCCGCAGGCGCAGGCGGCGGUGGCGGAAUUUGACGCGGCUGACACGCGAAGCUCGCUGCGACUCCUCGCGGACGUCGCGGGCGCGGCUGUAGCGGGGACGGCGGAAGCAACGGUGGUGCCGGCAUUGCCAGAGCUUGCCCUCCGUUUGCCCGAAGCCCUUACUCCGGUGGAGGCAGCUGUGCCUGCUGGCUCCUCGAAAAGGGGUUUCGGGGUUUUCCUGACCAAUUCUUUCGCGGACGCAAGCAUUAUUACCACCAACGUAACCCUUCUGGGCAAAAGGAAGUCUGCGUGUAGUAACGAUGCCCCCGCUGUAGCAGACGGACGGAAACAGUGGUCGUCGCUGCCGUCUCUGGUUCCGCCGUUUACCCAAUCGGCUUCCGUCAUCCCACCCCCGCCUCUGGUCUCGGUGGAGUCGACACCACCUGCACCAGCAGCUGUGCGAGCAGCGGCAGCCGCAAGGCGAGCAGUGAAAUCGUCAGCGCCGGUAGCGUCAGAGGUGACAUCAGCCGCAGGAGCCGCGGAGCAGACGGAUGGUUACUUCCACCUCUCUCCGCGCAGCAACUUGCGCCAUCAGGCCGUGGACCGCCUGCGCCGCAUCCUGUCCUCGUGGUGCGCCAAGCUGGCGCUGCGCGGGCGGCGCGUGGUCGACCUCGCGCUGCACGUGCUUCAUCGCGCGCUUCGGGACCUGCCGCUCGGAUCCGUCGACAGCAACGCGCUGCGCGUGUUGCUCGCGGCGUGCCUGUGGACGGCGGCGAAGCUGGACGGCGGCCGGCAGAAGGAUGUUCCCAAUGGCGCCGCGAUGUAUGCCGUCACAUUGGUGGAGGUUAGCGUGCUACAGGCGGCGGAGUUACAGCUAAUGAAAAUGAUGAAUUGGAACCCUCUGGAAGGAUUUGAGGCAUGA